UAAAUUUAACUUUUUCCAUAACGUUAUCUGACAUUUUUCUUAAAAUGCGAUAACACUUAGUAUAAAUACAGCAUGGCGGCAGUAGUUUAGCACAGAUCUACUGAUCCACCAUCAUGAAGGUCGCCAUUGUUCUUGCUUGCAUCGCAGCCACUGCUUUCGCCGCCCCAGGCCACAACGGCAGCUGGCGUAUCCUUGGAGGUGACGACGCCGCUGAGAACCAAUUCCCCUACCAGGUAUCCCUCCGUUACUACGGUUCCCACUCAUGCGGUGGCUCCAUCUUGGAUGAGACCACCAUCUUGUGCGCAGCUCACUGCGUCGAUGGCCGUUCCGCUUCCUCAAUGACCAUCCGCGUUGGCAACAACCGCCUCUCAGCCCAAACUGAAGAAUACGACGUCAAAUCCUUCGUCCGCCAUGAAGAUUACGACGCGUAUGACAUCAAGAACGACGUUUCCAUCUUGAAACUCGCCAAGCCCAUUCAAUGGAGCGAUGCUGUCCAACCAGUUGCCCUUCGUAAGACUGACAUCAUCGAAGAAGAUGUCACCCUUUCCGGAUGGGGUACCACCUCUUACCCUGGUAACACUGAUAAACUUCAAUUCAUCCACUUGAAGACCAUCUCCGUGGAUUCCUGCGAAAGCAAGCAGAUCUACCCUGUUGGUGCAACUGAGGUGUGCACCUUCACUCAGAAGGGUGAGGGAGCUUGCCAUGGUGAUUCUGGUGGUCCAUUGGUUGACUCCAAUGGUGAACAGAUCGGUAUUGUCUCCUGGGGUACUCCUUGCGCGCAGGGAUACCCUGAUGUCUUCACCCGUGUCUAUUCCUUCUUGGACUGGAUCGAAGAAAACCGCAAUAGAUUUAUCACUAUGAAAGUCGUCAUUGUCCUCGCUUGCAUUGCUGCCACAGUUUUUGCCGCCCCAGGGAAUAACGGCAGCUGGCGUAUUGUUGGUGGUGCAGAAGCAGGUCCUUACACCUCUCCUCACCAAGUCUCUAUCCGUAUCAACGGUGACCACACUUGUAGUGGCUCCAUCUUGGAUGGGACCACCAUUUUAACCACUGCUCACUGCAUUUUUGAUGAGUACGAGGUUAAAUCUUUCAUCUGUCAUGAGGAUUAUGAUAGUUGGGACAUCAAGAACGACAUUGCCAUCAUCAAACUUACUUUUCCCAUAACGUUAGCACCUCCUGUUAUCCAAGCGGUUGAACUUCGCCAGAGUGACAUCAUCGCUGAAGAAGUUACCGUUUAUGGUUGGGGCAGUAGCAAUAACCCUGGUUUCCUAUCCGACGCACUGCAGGUCAUCACUUUGAAAACCAUCUCCGUCAAGGAGUGUAUUGACAAAAUGCCUGAUAAGGUAGGUCCUACUGAGCUGUGCACCUUCACUCAGAAGGGUGAAGGUGUUUGCAAUGGUGAUGAAGGAGGUCCAUUGGUUGACUCCGCCGGCAAACUAGUUGGUAUUGUCUCCUGGCAUAUUUCCUGUGGAGCACCAGAUAAGCUUCACUAUAUAUGUUUGAUAUUUUUCCAACUCAACACUAAACCAACAAGAUCUACGAGUUCAAACAUGAAGGUCCUCAUCGUUUUUGCUUGCAUUGCUGCAAUCGCCUUGGCCGCCCCUGGUAAUGGCCGUAUCCUUGGAGGUGAAGAUGCAUCCGAAGGUCAAUUCCCUUACAUUGUAUCCAUCCGUUAUCAGACAAGACACUUAUGUGGUGGUGCAAUUCUCGAUGCCAGCACAAUCCUCGCUGCUGCCAACUGCGUAGACAAAGCCUCACCUUCCGCUUUAACCAUUCGUGUUGGUAGUACAAAACUAUCUGAACAAACUGAAGAGUACGCUGUUGCCGAUUAUGUCCGCCAUGAGAACUAUGACCCCAAAAACCUGAAAAACGACAUCUCAAUCAUCAAACUUGCUACGCCCAUUCAAUUACGUGAUGGUGUUGAAGCCAUUGCCCUUCGUCAAACUAACAUCGAUGAAGAAGCCGUGGUUGUUUCCGGGUGGGGCAGCACUGAACACCCUGGAAUCAAAUCCGAUGACCUGCAGUUCAUCAAUCUACAAACCAUUACUCCUGAGGAUUGUAUUGAUGAGUUACCUUAUCCUGUAGGUGCUACAGAAAUUUGCACCCUGGGUAAAGAAGGUGAAGGUACCUGCAAUGGUGAUGCAGGUGGUCCAAUGGUUGAUUCCAAUGGGGAAUUGGUUGGUAUUGCUGCCUGGGGUAUUCCUUGCGGGUUGGGAUAUCCUGAUGUAUACACACGUGUCUUCUCCUUCUUGAAAUGGAUUGAGGAACACCGUUGAUCAAUAAAUUUUAUCUUGUUAUGAAUCUUACAAA